CCAUCUGGUCACAUUCAACCCUGGCUGCGAAACAAAACUCAACAAAUUAACAAAUUUCUAAGGCUAAACGUCAACAAUUUCGGGUACCAAAUCAAAUAGUAUCUAGACAACGAAUUAGACCUUAAUCGAAGGGCUAAACCACUUGCAUUUCCAGAGGCGACUUAAUAUAAACGGGUUUAUAAGCGAGAAAUGGCACGCGGACACCAGAAGAUCCAGUCGCAGGCGAAAGCCUCCGAGAAACAGGCCAAAAUAAAGAAGCAGCAGGGACACAGCGCCAACGACCAGAAGAAGGCGGCCCAGAAGGCACUCGUUCAUGUGUGCGCCGUUUGCAAGUCGCAAAUGCCUGAUCCCAAGACAUACAAGCAGCAUUUCGAGAACAAGCAUCCCAAGAACGACAUGCCCGAGGAGCUGAAGGAUGUCUGAUGGCCGACUCGACCGUGUGCGUACAUAAAUAUAUCAAGCUGAACGAGAUCGACGAGUUGCCUGCCGCUACGAAACCUUUGCAACAAUAACUUUACUUCUUCAGCCCGAGCAACAAACCCGCAAUUUAGACGAAGAGGCCGCAUUAAACUUAAAACAUAAUUGCCAAUGCAAAGGGCACAGCUGAAUUUUGUAUAUACACAAUGCUGAUUUUUGGUUAAUACAUUGAAAAUAACACAUGGCCAAAUGGCUACCACAAUACAAAACAACAUACGACAUAGCAA